GGGCGGCAGGGGCGGUUCCAAGUGUUGAUUUCACAUUCAGUGACCGGCUACAGCAGACAGGGAUUGUCUUCCAAGAGAAAAUACUGACAACCAGGAGUUUUGGUCUUGCGUUGAGAAUGGAAAAGCACAAAGUGCUGGACCAACUUCUUGAGGAGCUGCAGCUCUUUCUUUUUACCCUGGAGCGGGAAAACCUGAGUUCAGAUGCAGCUGUCCAAAAACGCCUGCUGUCUAACCUGCUGCAGUCCUAUAGAUGCAACAACGGCAAUCUUUCUGGUGGUGAUGAGGAGUACAUCUACAUGAACAAAGUCCUUGUCCCUGGGCUGGAUAAAGACAAAGCUGCAAGAGACAACAGAUCAGAUGCCCUGGCCGAUGGAAUUGCAGCAAAACAUGUCCCCGCCCCACUGAAGAAUCUUCCUGACUUACCAGCACCUAGAACAGUUGGAGUAGUGAGAGAGCCCUUUCCCUUGCCUCCAACCCCAGCCUUCGCCUGCUUGGAGUCUCAGGAAGGAUAUUACGAAGAGGCCCAGCCGUAUGAGGAGGCCAUGAAUGAUGACGGUGAGGCCGUAAGCAGUUCUUAUGAGUCAUACGACGAGGAGGAAGUGACCAAGGGAAAAUUGUCGGCACAGCACCAGUGGCCGUCCACUGAAGCGUCCAUCGAGCUGAUGAAAGACGCACGUAUCUGUGCCUUCCUCUGGAGAAAGAAGUGGCUGGGCCAAUGGGCCAAGCAGCUGUGUGUCAUUCGAGAACAUCGCCUCCUGUGCUACAAGAGCUCGAAGGAGCAGGUCCCACUGUUGGAUGUGAGCCUGCUGGGCUGCAGUGUGGUCUACAAGGAGAAACAGCCCAAGAAGAAGGAGCACAAGCUGAAGAUCAUCCCAAUGGGCGGAGAAGCCAUUGUUCUUGGCCUGCAGAGCAAAGAGCAGACUGAGCAGUGGCUCAAGGUGAUCCAGGAGAUCAGCCCUAAGCCAAUAGAGGGAUCUGAAAUGGCAAACUUUGUAUCUGACUCCCCACGACUCAUCUGCACUAAGGGGGAGCUCAGUGAGAGGUACUCUGCUGCAUCUGAAAGUUGCAGUAGCGCAGAAAGUCACGCUGAUAACCCAGAAUGUAAAGAUGUGAAGAAGAAAUACGGUGCAGGCCUGAAGUUCAGUAAUCUAAUGAACAUUGGCAAGAAGAAGACCUCAUCCUUAGACAGUCCUGAAAAAUGUGUCAACACCUCAGGUUACCUCAACGUGCUGGUAAACAGUCAGUGGAGGAGCCACUGGUGUCUGAUUAAAAACGGCCAGCUGUGGUUCUACCAGGAUAAGGGCAAGACUAAAGCAGCCCAGCAGCCAGUGCCUUUAGAGGGGUGCAUGGUCCUGCCGGACCCCAGCCCUGAUCACCUCUACUCCUUUCGGAUCCAGAUGGAUGGGGCACAACUAGCCACUCUGGAGGCAAAGUCGUCAGCCGAUAUGGGUCACUGGCUGGGGCUUCUGCUAUCACAGACUGGAACAAAGACGGACCCUGAAGAACUCACCUAUGACUAUGUCAACUCUGAGAGGGUCUCGACCAUAGUUAAUGCAGCCAAAAACUCUUUAUACCUGAUGCAAAGCGGGUACUCUGAGCCUAAUACCUACAUAGACAGCCUUUCCCUGGCCUCCCCUGGUUCCGAUGACAUCUAUGAUGAUGUGGCUUCUAUAGAGGCUGAUCCAGAGGAUGAAGAGGAGAGCAGCCUUCAAGAAGAUCAGGAGAGCGCCGAUCAAUGUGGUCAGAAUAGCACCUGGUCAUGCAGUCAAGAUUGCAAUAUGAUGGUCAAUUCAGAGCAGGACACAACAAAUAGGAUCUACUUGGACCUCAUUCCUGUACGCUCAUUUCUCCACACAUCCUGUGGAAGGGUGUCCCCAAACAAGGAGCCACCUUGUUUGUCACCUGCCCACUCAGACGAGCCACAGAACUUCCCUAGCCAGGUUGAUUCUAUCAACAAAUGUGAAUCUGAUCCUCCACCAAGCCACAAUGGCAUAGAUCCUACUGCUGUCAACAGCAGACCUGCCCAAGAGCAACCUCUGUCUCCCAACCCUCUACCACCUCAGCCUCAAAUGACUUCCCUUCUUAGCCAAGACACUCUGAUGAAGGCUAGCACAAAGCACAUCGAGGGCCCCAGCACAAUCACCCUACACUUGCAAAUCCCUAAAACCCAUCCAAGUCCUACUUCUAAUAAUCCUACCAUCAGCAUUCCCCCUCACAGUCCCCAACCUCCCAGAGAUCGGAGUGCAUGCAGUGGGGAACAAAGGAACAAGGUCUUAUCCACAGCCUGCCCCGGGACCAUUGAGGUAAAGCUAGGGAAAAACAGAAUGGAGGCAGACAUGCGGCUGUACAUGGAAGAGCGUGACCGGCUGGAGAGAGAGAGGGAAGAAAUGAGAAGCAGCCUAGCCAACCUGAAGAAGGAAAGGAGGGAGACCAAGGAAAAACUAAGCACCAGCCAAGACCCAGUUCAGCAGGCCUCUCUGGAUGCCUGCCUGAAGCAGAAUGAGGAGGCGUGCCGGGAGGCAGAGCACCGGCGAGUGGAGGUGGAGCUACGAUUGAUGGAGGUGAAAGAGAGUCUAAGGAAGGCAGAGGCGGGGCCUUUCACUUUAGGCACCACAUUGGACAGCAGCCUCCAAGACACACCCAUGGCAAAAGCAUUGUCCAUGGGCCCCCCACAAAUGCUCACGCCCCCGACAAACAAUGGUGACUCCUCUCCGGUCAACUCUGCCACUGCACUAAAAAACAGACCCCUGUCAAUCAUGUCAUCCAACAGAGGAAAUGUUAUGCAGAAGGCUAAGGAAUGGGAGAAAAAAUCCACCAUCUAAGAAUGAUUGAGACUCUCCAUAAUCUUUGAUUACUUUGAGGUUAUGACACAUGAGCAGUUCAGGUAUGUUGGGCAAGGCUGAACUGAGAGGGCUAUGGAGGCUCCACCCAUCUCCCUGUUGUUCCACCUGACGCUUUCCAAAAAGAGACUAGACCAGGAAGGAUUGUCUCCAUAAAAAGCCAAUCAGACUUCCUGUAAAACCGAUACCACUGGACAAUUGUAGGUUUUUUAAACGAAAUUGUUUUUUUAGAGAAAGGCGUUUCAAACAUUAUUUAGUUUUUACCGUUUCACAGAAAUAUUUUGUUAGCAAUUUGAUUAUUUGGGGAGAUUUGAUACUACCCACCCCAUUAUCAGUUCAACCAUUUACAGGCAGAUGCACAGAUAGACCCCCUUGAACUCCUGCCCUUUUCCCCUCAGACUCAAGAAGUGCCAUUUAUGCCCAUCGGUUAUCGGUGCCUGCAUGCUAUGUGCAUGGUGCGCAUCAUUUACUCAGAUGGGCAUGCAAAAUACAUCCAUCACGGAAGUUGACAGUCAUGAGGAAGCCAACAGGCGCUCAAUGUCCAUUCUGCUGCCUGCAUAUACACUCACCUAAAGGAUUAUUAGGAACACCAUACGAAUACUGGGUUUGACCCCCUUUCGCCUUCAGA